AUGUCGUUACCUGAAGGAACAUUCUCUUCGAGCGCCGGCGAUCUGGAUUUCGGCCAGGAGGUAACGCUCGGUGAAAAGCUUAAAGUCUUCAAGACUUCUGGUUUCGAUCCGGAAGAUUAUGUAUCUACCAAAUGCCGCACAACGAGCGAAAAGGAAAUAAAGCAAUUGGUGACUUGUCUUCUAGAUCUAAAGAAGGCCUCGGCAGAAGAGAUGAGAAAAAGUGUUUAUGCUAAUUACCCCUCCUUUAUUCGCACAUCAAGGGAGAUUUCUGAUCUUGAGGGGCAACUAGUCGCCUUAAGGAAUCUUCUAAAUAACCGUGCGACUAUCAUUCAGACUCUAGCGGAUGGUUCUAGGGUGGAAUCCAUGUCUUCUGGUCCUGGUUCGAGGAAAAAGGAUAGUUCUGACACUGAAGGUCGAGAACCUUCAGAGAAGGAAGUUUGGUUGUCGCAAUACACAGAGAACCUGCAUAUCCUACUAGCUGAGAGAAGAGUGGAUGAAGCUUUGGUUGCCCUUGAUGAAGGAGAACGUGUAGCAAAGGAAGAAAAAUCCGCAGGGUCAAUGACAGCAUUGAUGCUCUCUUCAUUACAGGCUACUAUCAUUGACCAAAGACAAAAAUUAGCAGACCAACUUGCUGUGUCUGCCUGCCAACCUUCUUCUAGUGGUAUUGAACUUCGAUCAGCUGUAGAAACAAUUAAACAACUUGGUGAUGGUCCACGAGCCCAUACACUGCUGCUUAACUCGCACCACCAGAAGUUAGAAUCUAAAAUCCAGGGUCUUCAGACAUCAGGCUCAACAUAUGGAGUGGCUUACACCGCUGCCCUCUCACAGCUCGUCUUUUCAAUCAUAGCUCAGGCAUCAAGUGAUUCAUUGGCCAUAUUUGGUGAUCAACCCUUGUACACAUCUGAACUUGUGACUUGGUCUGUUAAGCAGACCGACGCUUUCGCACAUCUUAUGAAGAGACGCGUCAUUGCUUCACCCUCUGCUUCAGGGGGGCUACGAACCGUAGCCGAGUGUGUUCAGAUUUCUAUGGGUCAUUGUUAUCUUUUAGAAGCUCGUGGAUUGGCACUUGCUCCUGUCCUUUUGAGACAUUUUAGGCCUUGUAUCGAACAAGCACUGAAUGCUAACUUGAAAAGGAUCGAGCAAAGCACUGCUGCUUUAGCAGCUGCAGAUGACUGGUCACUCAAUUUCUCACCUGUCGGUUCACGCUCUCUUGGUAGUACUGCUUCUCUUGGAAGCUUGGUCACAUCCCAGCCAAAGCUUUCAAGUAGCGCCCACAGAUUUCAUGUGAUGGUUCAGGAAAUGUGCGAGGAUAUUGGACUCCUUAGGUCCUUGCAGUUUUCCAGACAGGCCAUGGAAGGUCUUGUACAAGUUUUUAAUUCAUAUGUUCACAUGCUAGUAAAUGCGUUACCCGGUUCAUCAGAUACUGAGAACUUGGAAGGUAGAAUUGUCAGAAAGGCAGAGGAUGAAGCUCAGCAGAUAGCCUUGCUAGCUAAUGCGUUAUUGUUAUCGGAUGAGCUACUCCCCCGAGCAGCCAUCAAGCUGUUGCCUUUACAACACAGUCUUCCCACUGAAACCCCUAGGAAAGCUUCAGACAGACAACUCCGUACCCCAGAGCAAAGAGAAUUAAAGAAACGGCUUCAGCGAUUUGUUGAUCAGUUGAGAGAUAGCUUUUGCAGAGAACAUGCCCUUGAACUCAUCUUUACAGAAGAUGGCAGUGCACGUAUUAAUGCACAAAUGUAUUUGAGUAUGGAUGAAAAUUCAGAAGAGCCAGAAUGGUUCCCAUCUACUGUAUUUCAGGAACUGUUUGUUAAGUUGAAUACGCUCGCAAUCUUAGCAUCGGACAUGUUCGUGGGAAGAGAAAGGUUUACCACCCUUCUUUUAAUCAGACUCACAGAAACAAUAACUUUAUGGCUUUCUGAUGAACAAAGUUUUUGGGAAGCGAUUGAACAUGGAUCAAAGCCUUUAGGCCCUUUUGGACUUCGACAGUUUUAUCUGGACAUGCAGUUUGUUAUCCUCUUUGCCUCUCAAGGGCGUUACUUAUCACGGAAUCUACAUCAAGUUAUCAAGAAUAUCAUCUCAAGAGUUAUGGAUUCGGUCGCUGCAGCCAAUAUAGAUCCCAACAGCACAUUACCGGAGGAUCAAUGGUUUGUUGAUGUUGCUCAAACUGCAAUCAAGAUGUUGAAUGGAAACGCCACCAUUGAAAAUGUAGAAGCUACAAGUCCCACAGCUUCCAUGCCAGCAAGAUCUUUGUCGUCAGUAUCUCAUGAGUAACUAGUUCAUCUUCACCCACAAA